AUGGUCAAAUCAGUUCCCAACCUCAGCUUCGUAUUUGGGCCACAAGACCCUAACCUUGACUUUGAAUACUUGCAAGGACUCCGCACAACUCUGCUCGAAACGCCAAACCUUCAAUGGAUUGUGGAAGUAUUGACCCAACUUCCUCAAGAAUGGCAGAAGAUUUCGCAGACACAUCCCGAGCUGGGAGCAUUCCAAGGCCAACGGUAUUUACAAUUGUUGGAUGAAUGGGUUAGAAGGGGUACAAUCCCUCGGAAUCUAUUUCCACUUCCCAAUAUACUUGUCACCCCGUUGGUUGUGACGACACAGUUGGUUCAAUAUACAAAGUUUAUCACACAGAUCUACCCGAAGAUCCAAGUAUCGGAAAAUCUUACGGACAAGUUCCAUGCCGAGACAGUGGGUCUGUGUACUGGGCUUUUGAGCUCAGCGGCCGUGGCAAGCUCCGCGACUUUGGCAGAGCUACAACAGCAUGGCGCGGCUGCUAUUCGCAUGGCCACAGCUAUUGGGGCUUUAGUUGAUGCAGGAGAUGUAGAGCUCGACGAGGGCGAGCAGAAAUGGCAGUCUCUGGCAGUUGGAUGGACAUCCCAGAACGCAGAGACUGAAUUGGAUAGGAUCGUGAAGCAAUUCUCAGAGGCAUACAUAUCAGUUGUCUCAGAAGCUCGACUGGCCACCCUUACUGUGCCGAAAGCUGAUGCAGAUGAACUGUUCAAGAACCUGAAAGAUGCUGGUCUCAUAUUCACAAAGACUGCUUUACGUGGGCCAUUUCACUGCGGAAAGCGCGAAGACCAGGCGGCAUCCCUCUUGCAUUUCUUUGACUCGGAUAUAUUCUUUCAGUUUCCCCACCAACUUGCCUUUAAGACACGGGCCCCCGAUGGGCAAGAGUUUGACAGCAAUACUAACCUUUGCCAUGUGGCUGCACGCGCAAUGUUGACUGACCAAGCCAAUUGGCACACGCUCUUUACGACGCUAUAUGAAUCGGCCUCCCCUCAGCAGUCUCUUGUCUGCUUUGGGAGCCAGCGCUUUGUGCCCCAAUGGUUCCUGCGCAAGCUUGGACCUAAGCUGGUACACGCCGCCGAUGUCGAGUUUGAGGUGGGCCAGUUACCCGUAACACUGGAUGCCCUGUUGGGCCAAGUUGAGGACGAUGCUAUUGCCGUAGUCGGUAUGGCCUGCCAUUUCCCUGGCGGUAGCGACAUAGAUGAAUUCUGGGACACAGUAUGCGAGGCGAAGUCUCAAUGUAUUGAGGUGCCUUCGCACCGAGUGAACUUCGACUACGCUGCAUGGCGCAAGAAUGAUGAGCAGAAGAAAUGGUAUGGAAAUUUUGUGCAAGACCAUGACGCCUUCGAUCAUAAGUUCUUCCAAAAGAGUCCAAGGGAGAUCGUAUCUAGCGACCCUCAGCAUCGGAUGAUGUUGCAAGUGGCCUAUCAGGCAGUACAGCAAUCUGGAUACUUUAAUAAGCCUGAAGUGAACCAGCAUGUCGGUUGCUAUGUCGGAAUUGGGGUGGCAGACUACGAGAAUAAUGUUGCCUGCCAUUCACCCACAGCCUAUACGGCCACAGGAAACCUCAAAGCUUUUGCGGCUGGAAAGAUCAGCCACUUCUUUGGCUGGAGCGGGCCUGGCGUGACCAUCGACACCGCCUGCUCGUCAUCUGGGUUGGCUGUCCACCAUGCAUGCAAAGCUAUCCUGAGCGGCGAGUGCUACUCGGCUCUUGCUGGAGGUGUUAACGUCAUGACGAGCCCAGAAUGGUACCAAAACCUUGAUGGCGCUUCCUUCCUCAGUCCUACGGGGCAGUGCAAGCCGUUCGACGAGGCUGCGGAUGGCUACUGUAGGGGAGAGGGUGCUGGUGCUGUCUUCUUAAAGAAACUAUCCGCCGCAAUUGAGGAUGGUGAUCAGGUUCUCGGUGUCAUUAGGGGUUCCAGUGUGAACCAGAAUGAGAACUGCUCAGCCAUCACUGCCCCCAGUAUUAGAUCCCUUGGGAAUGUAUUUAAUAGUGUCCUCCGUAAGGCCAGACUGGACCCUAAGCAAAUCUCCGUGGUGGAGGCUCAUGGGACUGGUACGCAGGUCGGAGACCGCGCAGAGUACGACAGCGUCCGCAAUGUGCUGGGAGGACCUAGUCGGUCCGACCCUCUCACGUUAGGUUCUGUCAAGGGGCUCAUAGGCCAUUUGGAGUGUGCGUCUGGUGUAGCCGCUCUCAUCAAAGUGCUCUUGAUGAUCCAGAAUGGCACGAUCCCUCCGCAAGCGAGCUUCCGCAGCAUCAGUUCCAAGCUGAACGCCUUGCCAUCCGAUAAUAUCGAGAUCGCUACUCGUCUAAAGCCUUGGGAGGCUGACUUCCGAGCGGCAUUGCUCAAUAACUACGGCGCGUCUGGCUCCAACGCAUCGAUUAUCAUUACACAACCAGACCAUACAGACCAGGGAGUUGUCACCCCAACAGUGACCGAGGCAGUCGCUGCCAAGCGUCCAUUCUGGUUCUCCGGCCUAGAUGACCCAUCUUUGCGAUCGUACGCCGCCAAGAUGGCCCGAUUUCUCCGGUCACGAAAGACGACCGACCGCCGCUUCACAAUUUCCAACCUGUCCUUUCAAUUGGCGCGACAGUCUAACCGCUCCCUAGGGCAAGGGUUAAUCUUUAGCUGCGCAACUGUUGACGAGCUCGAAGCCAAACUAGCGAAUUUUGCGGACGGACGGGGUGGAUUGACCUCAACACGGCAGGUCCAGUCAUCUCGACCGGUCAUCCUGUGUUUUGGUGGUCAGAGGUCCAGCUUUAUUGGUUUAGACCGUGAGGCCUAUGACCAGUUCAAACUACUUCGCACUCAUCUCGAUCACUGCCACGAGGUGUCCCUGUCCCUCGGCCUCAAUGGAAUUCUACCAGGAAUCUUCGAACGGACCCCCAGAAGUAGCAUUGUUGAGUUGCAGACAAUGCAAUUUGCUCUACAGUACUCUUGUGCAAAGAGCUGGAUUGACAGUGGAGUACAGGUUGCUGCCCUCGUGGGCCACAGCUUCGGGGAGCUCACGGCCAUGUGUAUCUCGGGAACUCUCUCGGUCAGAGACACAUUGAAGAUGAUCGCCGGCCGUGCCCGUCUCAUUGAAGAAAAAUGGGGCGCGGAAAGGGGCUGUAUGGUGGCCGUUUCUGGGGAUCUGGUAGAUGUGCAGAGACUUGUGCUCCACGUCAACGCCACGAGCUCCCUGGAACCACCUGUGAACAUUGCCUGCUUCAACGGUCCACGUCAAUUCACCUUGGCAGGCACCACUAGAGCGAUGGAGACACUUAAGGAAACUGUUUCAACCGACCGAGCCUUCUCUUCCAUCACGGCCAGGGGCCUGGACACCACUCAUGCCUUCCACUCAGCUCUGGUGGACCCUCUUGUAUUCGACCUCGAGAAGCUCGGGGAGGAUUUGAUCUUCCGCAGAACAGUCAUUGCCCACGAAAGGGCUACCCAGCAUAGCGUCAGCGGCCCACCCUCGUUCAACAUGUUCGCCUCCCAUAUGAGGGACCCCGUCUAUUUCGACAAGGCCGUCGAACGCUUGGCACAGAGGUAUCCCUCGAGCAUCUGGCUCGAAGCUGGAUCUGGUUCGGGGGUAACUUCCCUGGCGAGUAGAGCAGUUGAGUCCCAGGGCAUGACCUUCCAAUCGCUCGACAUCACCAGUCCUGGGGCCGUCGAGAAUGUGGCCGCUGCUACGGUCAACUUGUGGAAGGAGGGGUUGAACAUCUCCUUCUGGGAGCACGUCGGACAGACAUCGAACAACUCCCUACUUCUCCUUCCCCCGUACCAGUUUGCCAAGUCCAAACAUUGGCUGGAGCGCCGGAAGCCGGAAGCCAAGAUUGUAGCCCCAGCCGCUCCUUUGCCCGAGCAGCCCAAGGGACUUUGGACGUUUAGGGGCUACCAAGAUAGCAGCAAGUCUCACGCGCGAUUCCAAAUUCACAGCUCCUCGGAUGAAUUCCAGAAGUAUGUCAGCGCCCACCUGGUCGCACAAACUGCGCCAAUUUGCCCCAGCAUGUUCCAGCACGUUAUUGCCAGGGAUGCUCUGGCGAGUCUCCAAGAGGACGCGGAAAUGCUGCCGGAGCUUGAGGGUAUGGAAAAUGACGCACCGCUAUGCCUGGAUGGAUCAAAGGAGGUUUGGCUUGACGCAGUCAAAGCCGAGAAUAAAUCGCACGCCUGGGACUUCCGCAUAACCAGCGCAGACAGGAACAAUGUGGCUGGUAGUGUCACUCAACAUGUUUCCGGUAGGCUCAUGUUCAGAUCGCUCAGUGAUUCUGCGCGUGCCUUUACCACGGCCGAACGUCUUGUGGAUCGCAGGCGUGCCCUUUCCCUCCUUGAUGGACAAGAGGCCGAACAGGUCAUUCAAGGCAGCCGCAACAUUUACAAGGUGUUUGCAGGUGUCGUGCAGUACAAUGAUGACGGUUAUAAGGGUUUGCAGAAGCUCGCUGCUACUAACAAUGAGUCGGCGGGACGUAUCGUCAAGCAGGAUCCGAAAGACACUUUACUCAGUGUGGGGCUCGCUGAUACUUUCUGUCAAGUCGCUGGUGUCUUUUUGAACUGCAUGGCCGACUGCGAGGAUGGAAAGAUGUACUUGUCUAAUCGCGUGGAGCGCUGGAUCCGUUCUCCUACCGUGCCUCUUGAUUCGCGGCCAGGUCAAUGGGAAGUGUACGCCCGCCAUCACCAACCCUCGCCCAAAGAAUAUGUGAGUGAUUUGUUCGUCUUUGAUGCCUCGAACGGCAAGUUAGUGUGGGUCAUCUUUGGCCUGCACUUUGUUGAAGUGUCUAUUGCGGGUAUGUCUCGGCUUUUGUCACGACUGUCUGGAAUCCAGUCCGCACAGCCACCAGUCCCCGUACCUACGGCCGUCUCACCCCUGCCUUCCGUUACCCCUUCGGCAACUCCAACAGAAAAGGCUCCGAGCAAGGCCAUUGAAACAAAGGCCGCCACAUCCACUAGCUCCCCGACACCGAAGCAGCAGCAGCAGCCCAAGGCUAAGAAGGCACCUGGGCCUGAUAUCAUAGGGGGUGUUCGAGGCCUGUUUUGCAACUUGCUCGGCCUCGAACCUCAGGAGAUUAAACCUGAAUCGGACCUUGUUGAACUGGGUAUCGAUUCGCUGCUGGCCAUGGAGGUCGCCCGUGAGGUGGAGAAGACGUUCAGCAUUAAGUUCGAGCUGGACGAGCUCAUGAAAAUGACGGAUGUUCGCAGCUUGGUGAACUGCAUUGCGGCUAACAUGGGGGCAUCGGACUCUUCCGAGCCAGAUAGUGACAGUACUGAGGGCUACGAAGUGGCUUCAACAGCAAGUGAUAUCCAUACACCACCCAGCGAGGCUGCUGAGGAUCUCAGUGGUGGUGCCAAGUCAAGCGUCGGAGGUCUUCCUACAGACUUCAUUGUUGACGCUUUCAGGGAGACCAAGGCCCUGACUGACCGAUUUAUCGAACAAAAUGGUCUUUCUGGUUAUUCCGACUACGUUCAACCCAAGCUCACAGAGCUUGUCAUUGCUCACACCCUUGACGCGUUCGACCAACUAGGUUGCUCACUUCGCUCCGCGCAGGCUGGCCAGAUUGUUCAGGGACUGCCUCAUCUCCCCAAGCAUGACCAGGUUGUUGCCGUAUUACAUGGCCUGCUAGAAAAGGCCCGUCUUGUCGAGAUUAACGUGGAUGGCUCUAGUCUGACUCGGACAGCUGUGCCGCUACCAUCUAAAUCAGCUUCGCAAUUGCUCCAGGAGCUUCUCGUCGAAUAUCCUGAACAUAUCUACGACCAUAAACUGACAAGCUUGACUGGAUGCCAGCUGGCUGACUGCAUAACAGGCAAGACAGAGGCAAUCCGCCUGCUGUUUGGCAGCGCAGAGGGGCGAGAGCUCGCUGCCGGUAUGUAUGGCAAGUCUCCGAUCAAUGUGGCCUGGUUACACCAGUUACAGCAUUUCUGGGAGCGAUUCUUGACCCACGCGUCGCGGCAACAGCAGAAUGGGGAACCCAUCAAUAUACUGGAGAUGGGCGCUGGCACAGGAGGUACAACAGCGGCACUGUUGCCCCUGAUUGCACGCUCGGGCGUGCCGGUCUGCUAUACCGCUACUGAUAUCUCGUCAUCGCUGGUGGCUGGGCUCCGCAAGCGGUUCAAGUCAUACCCCUGGAUGCGGUUCGAAGUGCUUGACAUUGAAAAAGCUCCUCCGAGCAAACUCCUGCAAAGUCAGCAUGUCGUGUUAGCCACCAACUGCGUGCAUGCAACUCAUAGUCUGGAAGUGACUACCAAGAAUAUACAUCGUAUUCUUCGUCCUGUUGACGGCUUCCUUAUUAUGUUAGAAAUGACCGAAGCAGUGCCCUGGGUUGAUUCGGUGUUCGGCCUGGUAGAGGGGUGGUGGCUAUUCAAUGACGGCCGCGACCACGCCCUUGCCCAGCCCGAUCUGUGGGAUAAGACGCUGCGCGCCAAUGGAUACGGCCAUGUUGACUGGACUGAUGGCGCGCUACCCGAGAACUCGAUCCAGCGGAUCAUUAUCGCGCUCGCAUCUUCCCAAAGUCCAAAUCUGGUAUAUUCAUGUCCCCCAGCACAUUCAAACCACACGGCUGACUUUUCUGCGCGUCAAGUGGUAGUGGACUCCUUCGUCCAGAAACAUACCGAAAGCUUUUUCGCCCCUUCCUCGCUCUCGAUCUCCCAAUUAAAUGAUUAUUCCUCUCGCUGUGUGUUGGUGACGGGCGCCACGGGCAGUCUGGGCUCCCAUCUAGUGGCACAUCUCGCGGCGCAACCGGACGUGUACAAAGUAAUCUGCCUCAACCGGGUGAGCGGCUCAGAUGCUACAGCCCGACAAUAUGAGGCCAUGCAGUCAAGAGGCUUCAAGCUUGACCAGAACCUUAUGUCCAAACUUGAAGUCGUUGAAUGCCACUCUUCGACAGCCAAGCUCGGCCUUUCCGCCAACGAGUAUCAACAUCUAGCCAACUGUGUCACAGACGUCGUGCACAACGCGUGGGCCAUGAGCAUGACGCGCCCUACCCGUGGUUUCGAUCCCCAAUUCAAGGCGCUGCGCAAUUUAAUCGAUCUGUGUCGCGACUGUGCCUCUCAGCAGCAGCGGAGAAUCGGGUUCGAGUUCGUCUCUUCCGUUUCCGUCGUGGGCUGCCACCCGUUCCUGACCAACAAGGCCCGCGUCCCCGAGCAAAGAGUCAACGUAGCCUCUGCCCUCCCAAUGGGCUACGCGGACGCCAAGCUCAUCUGCGAGCAUAUGCUGGACGCGACACUGCACCGUUAUCCCAACUACUUCCGUACCACCUCCGUGCGCGUCGGACAGAUAAGCGGCUCCAAGGUCAAUGGUUUCUGGAAUCCAGUAGAACACUUGGUGCGCCUGAUCAAGUCAUCGCAGACACUUGGCGUUCUCCCGGAUCUCGACGGGGUCUUAUCGUGGUGUCCAGUUAACGACGUGGCCGCCGCAUUGGGGGAACUCCUACUAGGAGACCAACCCGCAUACCCGAUUUACCACAUCGAGAACCCCGUGCGACAGCCCUGGCACGAGAUGAUCUCUGUGCUUUCUGAUGCACUGGGCAUCCCGCAGGCUAAUAUUAUCCCUUACGAUGAAUGGCUCCGGCGCGUGCAGGAAUAUCCUACGGCUUCGGAUAACCCGGCAGCUCGGCUGGUGGACUUUUUCCAGACGGACUUCUUGCGCAUGUCUUGUGGCGGGAUGAUACUGGAUACGACGCAUAGUAAAAGACACUCGCCGACGUUGAGGAAGUUGGGUCCUAUUGAUCGAGAGCUGGUUAUGAAAUAUAUUCGGGCAUGGAAGGAUUCGGGGUUUCUGAUUUGA